CUCAUGGGUUUAUCCAAACAGAUCGAGUUCUCUUAACAAGAGCAACAACUGCCAGAGCCACUGCGCAAGUGACAGGAGCUGCUUCUGCUCGUUGUCGUCACCCAAACACAACGAUUGUUCGUCAUUACAGUUCGCCUUUUAAGGUUUUCAUGGAUACUUUCAAAGAACAAAUGUCAAAAAGCAAAGAGCAAGCUGCUCAAUCAGAACGGUUAAAGCAAACAACGGAAAGAAUCUCCAAAGCAGCUGAAAAAGUAGGCUCCACUGUCAAUGAAUCCUUUAAAAAGGCAGCCGAAACAGAAUUUGCCAAAGAUACCACAGAAAAGAUAAAAAAAGCUGCUGAGACCAUUAAUAAAACAGCUGAGCCUUUGAAAAAGAGUGAAACUGUGGGGAAGAUCACCGAUUCCUUUAAAACAGUAUUGGAAGACAACAGUGGCCGAUAUGGUGGUUUCGUAGAUAGGGAAACCAGACGUAAAAUGCGAGAAGAAGCCCAGAAACAGGCUUCUAAAGGGUCGGGCGAAGGAGCUGAAGCAGCGAAAACAGUAGCUGAAAAUCCCAACGCUGGUGCCAAUUUAGUGCUUCAUAAGGAUUCUAAAUGGAAAGAAAGCUGGACUAAGUUCAAGGAAGAAAGUCCAAUUAUGCAAGGCAUUUUCCGCGCCAGAAAGAACUACGAAGAAUCAGAUAAUUUAUUCGUAUCAUAUUCCCGCGCUAUCACUGAUCGCAUUGCUGACACAUUUGGCUCCUUAUUUGAAGAAUCCGAUCAGGCUCAAGCUAUUCGAGCUUUCCAAGCCAUUGAUCCCACUUUUAACAUGGAUAAAUUUUUGACAGAUGCACGUAAAUUUAUAAUUCCUGAACUUAUGGAAGCUUAUUUGAAGGGUGAUGUUGAAACAUUGAAAUUAUGGUGCUCUGAAGCUACCUAUAAUGUUUUGACUGCUGUUAUUCAGGCACAAAUGCAACAAGGAUUGAUUAGUGAUUGUAAGAUUCAAGAUUUACGUGACGUCGAUUUGGUUGCUGCCAAGAUCUUAGAAAAUGAUGUACCUGUGCUAGUUUUGUCAUUCCGUACUCAGGAAAUUAUUGUUUUCCGUAACGCCAAGUCAGGAGAAAUCGCCUAUGGCAAGGAGGAUCACAUCGAACAAGUAACGUAUGCUUGUGUUUUCACAAAGGAACCUGAAGACCUACAGAACCCUGUUACCAAUGGUUGGAGAAUUAUCGAUAUGGCUAAACAUGAUUCAAGACCCGUUUGGUAAAAGCUUUCGAAGAGCGAUCGUGAACAACCUGAAUGAUACCAAAAAAGAUAGACUUUGUAGAUAUAGUAUACAAUAACAAUUAACUAUACUUUUAUUUUAAUUAACCCCAAAAUGUAUUCAACUCCCUGCUCCUAUUUCUGAGUCAAACUCUGUACUUUUACGCAAUAAAUGCCCUUUUGUCUUUAAAUAUUAAAGGUGUAGGUUAUAUAAGCUUUUUUAUAGACGCACUUGUUACGCUAAAAUGACCAGACAUAACGUUCACAAUCUAUACCUUUCUGUUGGUCCUUUAUUGUUAUUUCAAGUUGUACAAAUGAUCUAACAUUGCAGUGCACUGACUC